CAACCACCCACCUAUUUCAGCCGUGCCCUGACGAAGCAAGUUCUACAAUAGUUUAUGUUUGAGGGGCAAACCAUGAUGCCAAAGGGGAUUCUUGUACAUCUGUGUCUGCUGGGAUAUCUUCAGCGUGUCCUACCUGAAUGCACCGUCACACCCUCAGAGUUUGUGCUGCAGGGUGAUUAUUUGUUAGGUGGACUGUUUGAUGUCCAUCAUGUUAGUGAAAUUCUCUACAGCAGCAGACCUGAAACCAUCAGCUGUUCCAGAGAACGUUUAAUUCUGUCAAGUUAUCGGAGAUUUCAGUUGAUGAGAUUCUCCAUCAAGGAAAUUAGUAACUCUACCAGCCUACUGCCAAAUGUUUCUCUUGGCUAUGAGAUAUUUGACCACUGCUCAGACACAAAGAGUUUUCCAGGUAUUUUCAACCUCAUGUCUGUUGAUGGUUUCAUUAAACCCUGGAAUGAAUCACUCAAGAAUGUGUCUAAAGUGAUAGCAGUGAUUGGCACUUAUACAAGCACCGAGACUCGGACUGUUGCACCUCUCUUCAUGACAGAUCUCAUUCCUAUGAUCAGUUAUGGAGCAGCUAGUUCUGUCUUCUCAAAUAAAGAGAACUUCCCAUCUUUCCUACGAACAGUGCAUCCCAAUAAGGAUGUAAUAGAAGUGGUUUUUCACAUUUUGCUAAACUUUGACUGGCGUUGGGUUUCUUUCCUUUACAGCGAUGAUGAUUAUGGAAGAGAUGGUCAGGACUUGUUUAUAAACAAGAUAAAAGACACUCAGAUCUGCCUGGCAUACAGCAAAGGCCUUAAUCUUAAUACAGACUAUCCUCAAAUUUUCAGACAGAUGGAGACACUUAAUGCAAACAUUAUUAUUGUUUUUGCUCCUGAAUGGACCGCAGAAGCGCUCAUUAAGUCUGCAAUAAGUCAAAAUUUUACCAAUAAAGUGUGGAUAGCAGGGGAUGCCUGGUCCUUACACAAAGAUCUCCCCAAGGAAAAAGGAAUCAGAAAUAUCGGCACUGUACUUGGGGUUGCUGAGCCAAAAAUGACCAUACCUGGUUUCAGUGAUUUCAUCUAUUCUUCCAAAGUCCAGGAUCAAUGUGAAAAUGCAGAACAAGAGACGUUUUGUAAUCAGAUUUGCAACUGCAGCACCAUUAGCGCUGAAGAUGUCAUUACAGCAGACCCAUCGUUUAAUUUUCCUGUCUACUCGGCUGUGUAUGCCAUCGCCCAUGCCUUACACGCCGUCUUAAAUUGUGGAAAUGGAAGGUGUGACAAAAAUAUCACAGUGUACCCACACAUGGUUCUAACAGCGCUGAAGAAGUCCAACUUCACACUAUUAAACCAGAGCAUUCAGUUUGAUGAGAAUGGUGACCCCAAGUUCGGACUCUAUUCAAUAGUUUUCUGGAACCACAGUGGUGAUGCAGAAGAAAUCGGGUUUUAUAACUUUCAAUCGUCAUUCCAGUUUUUGCUCAACAGCACCAAAAUUCAAUGGCAUGCAAAUGGAGAGGUGCCUACUUCAUUUUGUUCCAAAGAAUGUUCCUCAGGAUAUUCAAAAACACAAGAAGGCAUCCACAAAUGCUGCUUCAAAUGUACAAUCUGUCCAAAUGGAACUUAUGUCAACAGUUCAGCGGAUCCCUACACCUGCAUCGGCUGUAAAGGCACAGAGUGGUCUACAGCAGGAAGCACAUCAUGCAGUCUACGGCUGGUGGAGUACGUGCCAUUUACAGACGCUGGUGCUAUAGUGAUCAUGGUCGGGGCCUGGGUCUUGGUGGGUCUCAUUGUGGCUGUGUCUGUUCUCUUCACCAUCAACUACAACACACCUGUUGUCAGAUCUGCUGGAGGACCAAUGUGUUUCCUAAUUUUAGGAUGUCUCUGUCUGUGUAGUUUUAGUGUGUUUUUUUACUUUGAUGAGCCCACAGUUUGUAAAUGUGUCUUAAGGUUUUUGCCCUUUCUUUUGUUCUUCACUGUAUGUCUGGCAUGCUUUCUUGUUCGUUCUUUUCAGAUUGUUUGCAUUUUCAAAGUUGCUGCCAAGUUCCCCAAGCUCCUGAGCUGGUGGAUGAAAUAUCACGGACAAUGGCUUCUCAUCAGUGUGGCAUUCAUCAUUCAGGCAUUCAUACUUGUUGUAGGCUAUUCCAUUGCCACACCAAAACCUUUUAGUGAUACAUUUUGGUAUACAGACAAAAUUAUACUUGGUUGUGACCUAAAUCUUCAAGCAGCAUUUGGCUCGUUGAUUUUCCUGUCAUCGUUGAGCUGUCUUUGUUUUAUCUUCUCCUACAUGGGAAAAAGCCUACCAAAAAACUACAAUGAGGCCAAAGCGAUAACUUUCUGCCUCCUCCUGCUCAUCCUCACUUGGAUCAUCUUUGCCACAGCAAGCAUGCUUUACCACGGGAAGUACAUCCAGACUUUUAAUGCUCUGGCUGUUCUCUCCAGUCUCUACUCCUUUCUGUUGUGGUAUUUCCUACCAAAAUGUUACAUCAUUAUUUGCCAGCCCCAAAAGAACACACAGCAGUACUUCCAAGGUCUCAUUCAGAGUUAUACUAAAACAGUUAGCCAGUAGCUUCCCUUAGAAAUGAGUUUGAAACUUUGUUGGUACUUUUAAUGAUGUGAUAAUUUGGCUUUGCAGAAGUAGAAGAGAAAAAGAAACCAAGUGUGUAGAAGUUAAUAUUUUUCCCCUUUUUCUGUUGUAACUUAACUUUGUUGCUGAUUUUUUAAUGUAUAUGAAUUUAAAAUUACACCUGUGUACCUUUUAAGUGUGCUCUCAUAUUACUUACAAAGCCUUAGAAAUAAUUAAUUAAACAUAUGCAGUCAUCCAAUAAGCUGUUUAUUUUAAGAAAUCCUUUCACAAUGUAAGUACAGAUUAGGUUUAUUUUUGUAGGAUAAUUGAUAUAGUACUUCACAACCUAAACUUAACCUAAAAAUGAUGUACGAUGGACCCGGACGUGAAGUAGCUGUUGUUAAGCAUUUUGCUAGUGUGAAUAUUUACAGGUUAGUUUUACAAAACCUAUCUAUUACUAUUGCUAUUACCUAUUUAAUAAAAUAUCUUGUGUGUUUUGUUUUCUGUUAUAUACAUAUCAUGCAACACAUGACCCUUGUUGGAUGGUGGGUGAUUCUUUUUUUUUUUUUUUUAAGUGGCUAGAAUAUUAUUUUCAUCACAUCAAGACAGCACUUAACUUAAUUUCUAACAUUUUGCAUAUAGAUUGAAUCUAGAGCCCGGUACAUAUAGAUUUCUGUGCCAUUUUUACUGUUAUCACUUAGUUUAGAGUUCUUUAACUUUGUUUGAAGAGUAAAUAUUUUUAUAGUUACCCUACA